AUGAUGUACUCUGUCACACCCAUGCGCGUCAUUUUACAUGCGAAGACCGAAACCAAAUUAUCGUUGGAUUCAUUGAUCUCACAGCGGAAGGUCAUAGAUGACGCUCCUGAUAGUUCUAUGUCACUUUCUCAGAAGUAUGCUAUGUCUGACCUUACUGCUCAUUCAAUGACUGCAGACAUGCUGCGUAUAUUCCCUCAAGAGCGUUCAAAACGCAAAACAGAAGGCAGCGCACCUGAAGGUUCUCUACCUCCAAGUUUCAAAAGGCGCACUCUUGCACGUUCAUAUGCUAUGUCUGACCUUACCGCUCGUUCAACGACUGCAGACAUGCUGCGUAUAUUCCCUCAAGAGCGUUCAAAAUGCAAAACGGAAGGCAGCGCACCUGAAGGUUCUCUCCCUCCCAGUUUCAAAAAGCAUGCUUUAUCACGUACAUGUGCAAAUGCUAACCUUACUACUUACUCAAUGACUGCGGAGCGCACCACAGACCUCAUACUUUCACACAGGACACACUCUCGUGCAGCAACCUUGAACGGACGAACCAUUUCCCCCAUACCACUUUUGUGUUGGUGGCCCUUUCCAAAUGAACUCUUAUUGAUUAUCUUCGGAUAUCUGCCUGCGAUAGACCUCAUGUCUAUCACACAAGUGUCUGUCCUCUCGAAGGACCUUGCCGCACCCUUGUAUUUUCAGGCCGUGGGCUUACAUGUCGAGCAGACAUGGUUGCGGGUCAACGCCCAAAGUUGCCUAGCCCUGCUGUUGUACACACGAACAACUUCUUUCUGUGUACCUCGCUUUCUGCAUUGCGAUCUCCAUGGCACUGUUGAUCGUGAUCUGACAGCACUCCAGACUUUCUUGGAGUUUUUGAAGGGCAUUCAGAGCAAGCCCAUGUCGUCAGUUAUGUGCUCCGAUGCACCUCCAGAAGUAGAUCUCGCAUCUUUAUUUCAGCUCAUCAAGGAUUUGGGCUGCUCCAGCUUCAGAUAUUCGAGCAGAGAUUCAAAGCACUCAUGUAUGGUCGUACCUGCUCCCAUACUUGGAUUAGAUACAGGUGCAAAGUGUAGUCUCCGGCGGUUUUCAGCAGACUCGCCCAUGUUUUUUUCCCCACGCGUCGCCUCAUUCACUCUCGCAACCUUGCGAGAUUCUCCCCUAAGCGACCUCUCACUCACUAACACUGCCUUGAGUGGCAUUCAGUGGGCCAUGCUACUGCUGAACGUUCACCUCCCACUCCUUCAAAUGUUGACCAUUGACAUCGAAUGUCCCCCCGCUGUCCUUGCUGGUUUUUUGGCCUGCCAUCAAAAUGUUACACAAGUCUGGAUUCAUCCAGGACAGACUCUUUCCCCCCCGAUAUUGCAACAGAAGCAUUCUUCACAGAAGUUGCGAAGCCAGAUGUCGCAUCAGAGCCAAAGUACCCUAGACCUGAGUGUCUUUGGUGGUCCGCUUUGUCUAUGGUUCAAGGAAAAUUUUAUCCCCAACUACUUGUCCGCCAUCUUGGACAUUACUCAACACUUCACCACUAUCCAGGCACUGCAGUUGAGCUUUUUUGAUGCUUCUCAUGCUGCCAACUGCUUUGAUGUCCUGUUCGAGGAACACCGCAUUGUACAUGCAAAGUACUUGAAUAUUGCUGUGUAUGGUCCUGAUCCAGACGAUCUGAUGGUUCACUGUCGUCCUUGGCUCAAUGCAUUCCACGGGCUGGAAUGCGUUGAACUUCAGGCUAGACACCUGAGUGAUACAUCCGAGAAGCUUGGAGUGAUAUUUUCUUGUCCAGACAAGCCUUUUCAGCUGAAGAUAAGCAACGGUGACAUGUAA